CAGCUCGGCCAUUGGGAGAGGGCGGCCAAGGAGGCGGGAAGCUGUGGAAGGGGUAGGUUGUGGUGGUUGAAAAGCCGCCUCCUGGCUGAAGCGCGGUGCCAGUGCGGGUGGGUGCUGCCAGUGUUCAGCAGAAGUACGAGUUCGAGUCCUGCUGCUGCGAGCCUGUGAACUGGGAGUUGUUUCUCUAGGCUACUGUGGUCGGUUGAGAGUCGAGGAAUUGUUUUCCUCUUCUGUCGUCUUGUGCGGAGGCUGCGGUUUUCCCUGUGGGGCGCCAUCGCGCAAGGACAGAGUUUGUUGGGAGUUUGUGUGGAGUUCGGGCCCCAGCCCCGCCGCCGCCAUGCCCGUCUUUCACACGCGCACCAUCGAGAGCAUCCUGGAGCCUGUGGCCCAGCAGAUCUCCCACCUGGUCAUCAUGCACGAGGAGGGGGAGGUAGACGGCAAGGCCAUUCCGGACCUCACCGCCCCCGUGUCGGCCGUGCAGGCCGCUGUCAGCAACUUGGUGCGGGUUGGAAAAGAGACUGUGCAGACAACAGAAGACCAGAUCCUGAAAAGGGAUAUGCCACCAGCAUUCAUCAAAGUGGAGAAUGCCUGCACCAAACUUGUUCGGGCGGCACAGAUGCUGCAAGCAGAUCCUUAUUCAGUACCAGCUCGUGACUAUCUAAUUGAUGGGUCAAGAGGCAUCCUUUCUGGAACAUCAGACUUACUUCUGACAUUUGAUGAAGCAGAGGUCCGUAAGAUUAUCCGAGUCUGCAAAGGAAUAUUGGAGUAUCUGACUGUGGCGGAAGUUGUAGAGACCAUGGAGGAUUUGGUGACGUACACAAAGAAUCUAGGGCCAGGCAUGACGAAGAUGGCCAAAAUGAUUGAUGAGAGACAGCAGGAGUUAACUCACCAGGAACACAGGGUUAUGCUGGUGAACUCCAUGAAUACUGUGAAGGAGCUAUUGCCUGUACUCAUUUCAGCCAUGAAGAUUUUUGUAACUACAAAGAAUUCGAAAAGCCAAGGAAUAGAAGAGGCCUUGAAAAAUCGCAAUUUCACAGUAGAGAAAAUGAGCGCAGAGAUAAAUGAAAUAAUCCGUGUGUUACAACUCACGUCUUGGGAUGAGGAUGCCUGGGCAAGCAAGGACACUGAAGCCAUGAAAAGAGCUUUAGCCUUAAUAGACUCAAAGAUGAAUCAGGCAAAAGGUUGGCUGAGAGAUCCAAAUGCACCUCCAGGCGAUGCUGGUGAGCAAGCAAUAAGGCAGAUCCUUGAUGAAGCUGGAAAGGCAGGAGAACUGUGUGCUGGUAAAGAACGCAGAGAGAUUCUGGGAACAUGCAAAACACUAGGCCAGAUGACUGAUCAGCUAGCUGAGCUCCGAGCUAGAGGACAAGGUGCUACACCCAUGGCUAUGCAGAAAGCGCAGCAGGUGUCACAAGGUCUGGAUUUGCUCACUGCGAAAGUGGAGAAUGCAGCCCGCAAACUGGAGGCCAUGACCAACUCAAGGCAGGCAAUUGCUAAGAAGAUUGAUGCUGCCCAGAAUUGGCUUGCGGAUCCUAACGGGGGCAGCGAAGGAGAGGAACAUAUCCGAGGAAUUAUGGCUGAAGCAAGGAAAGUUGCAGAAUUAUGUGAGGAGCCUAAAGAAAGAGAUGAUAUCCUUCGUUCCUUGGGGGAAAUCUCCGCUUUGACGGCGAAGCUGUCCGAACUGCGACGACAUGGGAAAGGGGAUUCUCCUGAGGCCCGUGCACUCGCUAAGCAAAUAGCCACAUCACUUCAGAAUUUACAGUCCAAAACAAACAAGGCUGUAGCAAAUACCAGGCCAGUUAAAGCAGCUGUUCAUUUGGAGGGCAAAAUUGAGCAAGCUCAAAGGUGGAUAGACAAUCCUACAGUUGCUGAUCGGGGAGUAGGCCAGGCAGCAAUUCGGGGUCUGGUUGCAGAAGGUCGUCGUUUAGCCAAUGUCAUGAUGGGACCUUAUCGUCAAGACCUGCUUGCCAAAUGUGACCGUGUAGACCAGCUGGCUGCUCAGCUGGCUGACCUUGCAGCAAGAGGGGAGGGAGAGUCUCCUCAGGCCAGGGCAAUUGCUGCUCAGCUUCAGGACUCGCUGAAGGAUCUUAAAACACGGAUGCAAGAGGCAAUGACCCAGGAGGUUUCUGAUGUUUUCAGUGACACCACAACUCCUAUUAAAUUGUUAGCAGUAGCAGCCACUGCUCCCUCUGAUGCUCCCAAUAGAGAUGAGGUGUUUGAUGAAAGAGCGGCAAACUUUGAAAACCAUGCUGCUAAACUGGGAGCCACAGCAGAAAAAGCAGCUGCAGUUGGGACUGCGAAUAAAACUACUGUGGAGGGCAUUCAGGCAACCGUGAAAUCAGCAAGGGAACUCACCCCACAGGUAGUGUCAGCGGCUCGUAUCCUCCUGAGAAAUCCUGGCAAUCAAGCUGCUUAUGAACAUUUUGAGACCAUGAAAAACCAAUGGAUUGAUAAUGUAGAAAAAAUGACAGGGUUGGUAGACGAAGCUAUUGAUACUAAAUCUCUCUUGGAUGCAUCGGAAGAGGCGAUUAAGAAAGAUCUGGACAAAUGUAAAGUUGCGAUGGCCAACGUCCAGCCUCAGAUGCUUGUAGCUGGUGCUACCAGCAUAGCGAGACGAGCAAACCGCAUCCUGCUGGUAGCGAAACGAGAGGUUGAAAAUUCAGAAGAUCCUAAAUUCCGUGAGGCUGUGAAAGCAGCCUCUGAUGAGCUCAGUAAAACUAUAUCACCCAUGGUAAUGGAUGCUAAGGCUGUGGCUGGAAACAUUUCUGAUCCUGGUUUGCAAAAGAGUUUCUUGGAUUCUGGAUACAGGAUUCUGGGAGCUGUGGCCAAAGUCAGAGAAGCUUUCCAGCCUCAAGAACCAGACUUCCCUCCUCCUCCUCCUGACCUUGAGCACCUUCACUUGACAGAUGAGCUUGCUCCUCCUAAACCGCCGCUUCCGGAAGGUGAGGUUCCCCCACCCAGACCACCACCACCUGAAGAAAAGGAUGAAGAGUUCCCAGAACAGAAAGCAGGAGAAGCUAUCAAUCAACCCAUGAUGAUGGCUGCUAGGCAGCUGCAUGAUGAAGCCCGGAAGUGGUCUAGUAAGCCUGAUGUGACUGUGAUUAAUGAAGCGGCUGAGGCUGGUGUAGAUAUAGAUGAGGAGGAUGAUGCAGAUGUUGAAUUCACUCUCCCCUAUGACACUGAAGAUGAUUACGAGCCUGAGCUGCUGUUAAUGCCAACCAAUCAGCCCGUUAACCAGCCCAUUCUGGCUGCUGCUCAGUCUCUACAUCGAGAAGCAACCAAGUGGUCCAGUAAGGGUAAUGACAUCAUUGCUGCUGCUAAACGAAUGGCGCUGCUGAUGGCAGAGAUGUCACGCCUGGUGAGAGGAGGCAGCGGAAACAAGCGUGCUCUUAUUCAAUGUGCAAAGGAUAUUGCCAAGGCAUCAGACGAAGUCACUCGAUUAGCCAAAGAGGUGGCAAAGCAGUGCACUGACAAGCGCAUUAGAACCAACCUCUUGCAGGUUUGUGAGCGAAUCCCAACCAUCAGUACACAGCUGAAAAUUCUCUCCACCGUCAAAGCUACCAUGCUCGGCAGAACUAAUAUCAGUGAUGAAGAGUCGGAACAGGCAACAGAAAUGUUGGUUCAUAAUGCCCAGAACCUCAUGCAGUCUGUGAAGGAAACUGUGAGGGAAGCUGAAGCAGCAUCCAUUAAGAUUAGAACAGAUGCUGGAUUCACUCUUCGGUGGGUCAGAAAGACCCCAUGGUAUCAGUAAACACCUGCCACAGAAGUAUUGUUUUGUGUAACAUUAAAUGCCUUGUUUUGGAAACAGAAGAGAUAUAUUAAUAGCAGAAGGUGCUGUAUUCAGGAGCUUAAGAUUGGCUUAUGUUAAUGCCCCAUUCUAAGGGUAUGAAUUGUAAGAGAAUGCAUUUCAAAUGUCUUCAGAACGCAUUUGAUGCUGAGCACCUCAAGCUGGUUUUGACAGUAGACAGUUCUUACCCUUCUUUGUAUCCUUUUUGAGAUUCUCUUCAUGAAUUCUGUACUCGCAGAAGCACAUUUCAUUUAUGCACUGUAUAUUGCAGAAGUUUCUAUCUGAUAUAAAACAUGGACCUCACAUUAACCUUGUGUUGAGAGUCUAGGACACGAUUGGUUAGCUGGCAGUUUAUUAGGGACAGUCAUUGAUACAGAAACAUACAGGACGAUUUCAGCUGGCUGUUCUUUAAACUAUGCAGAAAUGAUGGGUAGGAUGUGGUUUAGUUAAGGUGGGGAGGAGGGCAGCAGAACAGUUGCAAACUGAGGAUCAGAAUUCCAUGUCUGAAAAGAUACUUGCAUUUGAUUUUUGCCUGGCAACACUACUUCAACAAAAACUGGAGCUGUCUUUGACCCUCCUGUCACCCUGUAGCCAGCCAUUCCAGAACUCUUGUACUGUACUGAAAUACUUUGCAGUGGAUGUUAGUAACACAGUGUUGGCAGCUUGAGCCUUGUUAAAUCGUGGAACUCUUUCAGUCUCGUUCAAUUCAGUAAUGUACUGAGCUGAAAAAUUCUGGUUCUCUUCUGCUAGCUGCAUUUCCAGGACCAGAAAAUGUCACAUUCUGGCUCUUUCCUUUUGGAAAUCAAUUGAGCGCACAUAAUUGUUCUUUUCUGCCUCUUCAUUGAAUGUUAUUCCAGCCACUCAAGGUGGAAAUUAGAGCAUUUUUCCUUUAAAAAGACCCUUUUGCCUCACUGCCUAUGUUUCCAACAAUGUAGAAGCUUUUUGGAACCCAAGGAUUUCAGGGACUGCAAACCCUUUACAGGUAGUCUGAUGGCCACCAGCAAGUAGUUGUUCCUAAUGCUAAACAUGCCAGGACAUUUUCUCUGGUUUUGAAGUCUCAAAAUCUCUUUUCAGAUUCUAGUAAUGACUGAUUGAAGUAUCCUUAAAAAAAACCCACAACAAACCCAACAAUACCACAGUUAAUUCCCCCCACCCCUGAACAACAACAACAAAUCAACACAAAAUCCUUCCCCAUUAUUACAACGGAAUUGGAAUGCUUUUAUCCUCCUGUAGCUGAAUGUGCCUUCACAUAGAUGUGUAUCCUUAUAUACGCACGUUCAUUGACUUGCUGGCAUAGCCUCUUGGCUUUUCACAGGACAAUGACUGCUUUAGAAGGAAGCUCUGUACAUACGCAGUAACACUUGCAGGCUUCUGCUGAGAUCAGCACUGACCUCGUGAUGCCCUCUUAAUUUGCUGGUUUGUUGCAUGAUCAAGCCACCUUUUAACAGCAGUGCCCUUGUUGAAAAACUGCUCAAUCUUAACAGCUCGAGAGAAGAAACAGUCAACCGUCCUUUACCUAGCUGCAACACUAGGCCUUUCUCCCCUCCUCCCCUGCACCCCUUCAUUGCACUGUUAUCUAAAAAGGGAAGUUAAACUGAUUGUAAGACACCUGCCUCAAACUGACCUUAGCAAGAGAAAGUAUGUGUUCAUCUUUAAUUCACUCCAUGUGUCUGGGUGUUUAUGAGUAUGUGGUACUUGUUAUCUUCCCUUCACAUUCUCUUCCUGUAACUGCCUGUGUCAGGAAGAGGAAAAAAAGGGGUACCAGAGCCUUAAUCUGAGUGUCUUGCAUUUGGUUAGUUUAUAUCAGAUCUUUAACUGUAAUGUAGUAACUUCUGUUUACUAAUAAAUAACACUGAAUAGGUAGGGGUUAUUUUAAGGAAUUGUUCUCAAUAGUCUUCCUAUUGUACUUUUUCAAUGUUCCUCACAUUUCUUCCUUCCCAAUUCAGGCUUCUCUGUGAGAUUUGUUUUGGGUUUGUUUUUUUUUUUAGCAUCACUGUUUAGUUGCUUGAUUGAUAUUAAUGCAAUAUUACCAAUGCCUCUAAUACAUAAUUGUAUGCCAAAGAUCACUUUUUGUUUGAGGAAUGUUUGCAGGAAAGCUAUGAAUUAUGGUUGCCUUUGACUCUUCCAGAAUGUUUACUCUAAGUUCUCAACUGUUUUGUAGAUGCUAAGAUAUUUGCCCACCUUACGCAACUGCUGCGUUUUCAAAAGCUAUUGCUCUUCAGACUUACACGCAGCAAAAGUUUGAACAAUGCCAUGAAUGUCACUUGGAAAUGUUUUACCACUAUAAAACUUAGUUUAUAAAGCAACGUGUUGCAUAGUCCUAAUGUUUCCAACCUUCCUUUGGUUGUUAAAAAAAAAAUAAAGAAGCAUUUGUAUGAA